GAAGUGCGUCAUGCAGAGGCGCCGAGGCGCUCGUUUGGCGCGCGCGCCCUAAGCUGCGGGUCUGAGUUAGGGUCUUGGGUUUUCUCUUCUUUCUCCUUGGUUCUUGACUAUUUCCGGACGCUGGUGUCUCCGAACUUCGACAUGCCGUCUUCUUUACUAGGCUCGGCGAUGCCGGCCUCCACGUCGGCCUCAGCCCUGCAGGAAGCUCUGGAAAAUGCAGGGCGGCUCAUCGACCGUCAGUUGCAAGAAGACCGCAUGUACCCGGACCUUUCCGAGCUUCUCAUGGUGUCUGCCCCAAAUAAUCCCACUGUUUCCGGCAUGUCAGAUAUGGAUUAUCCUCUACAAGGACCUGGUUUGCUGUCGGUACCCAACCUUCCAGAGAUCAGUUCCAUCCGAAGGGUUCCUCUCCCACCUGAACUUGUUGAACAGUUUGGACAUAUGCAGUGUAACUGCAUGAUGGGUGUGUUCCCUCCUAUCAGCAGAGCUUGGCUCACAAUUGACAGUGACAUAUUCAUGUGGAACUAUGAAGAUGGAGGAGACCUUGCCUAUUUUGAUGGACUUAGUGAGACUAUUCUUGCUGUGGGGCUUGUGAAACCAAAAGCUGGCAUCUUUCAACCUCAUGUACGGCACCUGCUGGUUUUGGCAACCCCUGUGGAUAUAGUGAUUCUUGGACUUAGCUAUGCUAAUUUACAAACAGGUUCUGGAGUUCUUAAUGACAGUAUGUGUGGUGGAAUGCAGUUGCUUCCAGAUCCCUUAUAUUCUCUUCCCACUGAUAAUACUUACCUUUUAACAAUAACUUCCACUGAUAAUGGCAGAAUUUUCUUGGCUGGAAAGGACGGCUGUUUAUAUGAAGUAGCAUACCAAGCAGAAGCAGGUUGGUUUAGCCAAAGAUGUAGGAAAAUAAACCACUCAAAGAGUGCACUUUCUUUCCUUGUUCCUUCAUUGCUACAGUUUACAUUCUCAGAAGAUGAUCCUAUUCUUCAAAUUGCAAUUGAUAAUUCUAGAAAUAUUUUAUAUACACGAUCUGAGAAAGGAGUAAUACAGGUUUAUGAUUUGGGCCACGAUGGACAAGGAAUGAGCAGAGUUGCCUCAGUUUCGCAGAAUUCUAUUGUCUCUGCUGCUGGAAACAUUGCUAGGACCAUAGAUCGUUCUGUUUUUAAGCCAAUUGUUCAAAUAGCAGUGAUUGAAAAUUCUGAAUCGCUGGAUUGUCAGUUACUGGCAGUCACACAUGCAGGUGUAAGGUUAUAUUUCAGCACUUGUCCAUUCAGACAGCCAUUAGCACGACCUAACACAUUGACACUGGUUCACGUUCGCUUACCUCCUGGAUUCUCAGCAUCUUCAACAGUGGAAAAACCUUCAAAAGUACAUAAAGCACUUUACAGUAAAGGUAUUCUACUGAUGGCAGCCUCAGAAAAUGAAGAUAAUGACAUUUUGUGGUGUGUUAACCAUGAUACAUUUCCUUUCCAAAAGCCAAUGAUGGAAACCCAGAUGACAACCCGUGUUGAUGGUCAUUCAUGGGCUCUCUCUGCAAUAGAUGAAUUGAAAGUAGAUAAAAUUAUUACACCCUUAAAUAAGGAUCAUAUUCCCAUAACUGACUCACCAGUUGUGGUACAGCAGCACAUGUUGCCUCCAAAGAAAUUUGUUCUCCUCUCAGCACAGGGGAGUCUUAUGUUUCAUAAACUUAGACCUGUAGAUCAACUGAGGCAUCUACUUGUGAGUAAUGUGGGUGGAGAUGGAGAAGAAAUUGAAAGGUUCUUUAAAUUACAUCAGGAAGACCAGGCUUGUGCAACUUGCCUUAUCCUUGCUUGUUCCACUGCUGCUUGUGACAGAGAAGUAUCUGCAUGGGCUACUCGGGCUUUCUUCAGGUAUGGUGGUGAAGCACAGAUGAGAUUUCCAACCACUCUCCCUGCUCCAAGUAACGUGGGUCCCAUCUUAGGGUCUCCUGUCUACGCUAGUUCUCCUAUUCCUAGUACUAGUUCAUACCCAAAUCCAACAUUUCUGGGAACACCAUCUCAAGGUAUACACCCUCCUGCCAUGUCAACACCAGUGUGUGCUUCAGGAAAUCCAGCAACUCAGGCCGCAAGUAUGACUUGUAUGGCUGCACCAGAGAUCGUGUACUCUGGAAAACACAAUGGUAUUUGCAUCUACUUUUCUCGAAUCAUGGGAAAUAUCUGGGAUGCUAGUUUAGUUGUGGAGAGAGUAUUCAAGAGUGGCAGCAGAGAGAUCACCGCAAUUGAAAGUAGCGUUCCCUCCCAGCUGCUGGAGUCAGUGCUACAAGAACUAAAAGGUUUGCAAGAAUUUCUAGACAGAAACUCCCAAUUUGCAGGAGGACCAUUAGGAAAUCCAAAUACAACUGCCAAAGUGCAGCAGAGGCUGAUAGGAUUCAUGCGUCCUGAAAAUGGAAAUACCCAGCAAAUGCAGCAGGAGCUGCAGAGGAAGUUUCAUGAGGCUCAGCUGAGUGAAAAGGUUUCACUUCAGGCAAUCCAGCAGUUGGUUCGAAAAUCAUACCAGGCUCUGGCUUUAUGGAAACUUCUUUGUGAACAUCAGUUCACUGUCAUUGUAGGAGAACUUCAGAAGGAAUUUCAGGAGCAGCUAAAAAUCACCACAUUUAAAGAUCUGGUCAUCAGGGACAAGGAACUGACUGGGGCAUUAAUUGCUUCUCUUAUCAACUGCUACAUCAGAGAUAAUGCUGCUGUUGAUGGCAUUAGUUUACACUUACAGGACAUCUGCCCCCUUCUGUAUAGCACUGAUGAUGCAGUUUGCUCUAAGGCAAAUGAACUUCUGCAGCGUUCCCGACAAGUUCAAAAUAAGAUUGAAAAGGAAAGAAUGUUAAGGGAAUCCUUAAAGGAAUAUCAAAAAAUCAGCAAUCAAGUGGACCUUUCCAAUGUUUGUGCUCAGUAUAGACAAGUCCGUUUUUAUGAGGGUGUGGUGGAGCUCUCUCUUACUGCUGCAGAAAAAAAAGAUCCUCAGGGUCUUGGACUUCAUUUCUAUAAACAUGGAGAACCAGAAGAAGACCUUGUGGGCCUGCAGGCUUUCCAAGAAAGAUUAAACAGUUACAAGUGUAUUACAGACACGCUUCAAGAACUGGUAAAUCAAAGUAAGGCUGCUCCUCAGUCUCCCAGUGUACCCAAAAAACCUGGGCCUCCAGUACUGUCAUCUGACCCCAAUAUGCUGAGUAAUGAAGAAGCAGGACAUCAUUUUGAACAAAUGCUUAAACUGUCUCAACGAUCCAAAGAUGAGCUCUUUAGUAUCGCCCUUUAUAAUUGGCUAAUACAAGCUGAUCUUGCAGAUAAGCUAUUGCAGAUUGCUUCUCCAUUUCUGGAGCCACAUCUAGUCCGAAUGGCCAAAGUUGAUCAAAACAAAGUUCGUUAUAUGGAUUUACUGUGGAGAUAUUAUGAAAAGAACAGAAGCUUUAGUAAUGCUGCUCGUGUACUGUCCAAAUUGGCUGACAUGCAUAGCACAGAAAUUUCACUUCAGCAGCGACUAGAGUACAUCGCUCGAGCCAUUCUUAGUGCCAAAAGUUCCACUGCCAUUUCAUCAAUAGCCGCAGAUGGUGAAUUCCUUCAUGAAUUAGAAGAAAAAAUGGAAGUUGCUAGGAUCCAACUUCAGAUACAAGAGACACUACAAAGGCAAUAUUCCCAUCAUUCUUCUGUACAGGAUGCAAUUUCUCAGCUGGAUUCCGAACUAAUGGACAUAACUAAGCUUUAUGGGGAAUUUGCUGACCCAUUUAAACUUGCAGAGUGUAAGCUUGCAAUAAUUCAUUGUGCUGGUUAUUCGGACCCUAUAUUGGUGCAGACACUUUGGCAAGAUAUCAUAGAGAAAGAAUUGAAUGAAAGUGUGACGUUGAGCUCCCCGGAUAGAAUGCAUGCUCUUAGUCUCAAGGUUGUGCUCCUUGGCAAAAUUUAUGCUGGCACACCUCGCUUCUUUCCUUUAGAUUUUAUUGUGCAGUUUUUAGAACAGCAAGUUUGUACUUUGAACUGGGAUGUAGGUUUUGUAAUACAGACAAUGAAUGAAAUUGGAGUGCCAUUACCUAGGCUACUGGAAGUAUAUGAUCAUUUGUUCAAGUCACGGGAUCCAUUCUGGAACAGAAUGAAGAAGCCACUGCACCUUUUGGAUUGCAUACAUGUGCUAUUGGCAAGAUAUGUUGAGAAUCCUAGCCAAGUUUUAAAUUGUGAGAGGAGAAGAUUUACAAAUCUGUCCCUGGAUGCUAUCUGUGGUUAUCUGGUUGAGCUUCAGUCUAUGAGCUCGUCAGUAGCAGUACAAACCAUCACAGGAAAUUUUAAAUCUCUUCAGGCUAAACUCGAACGGCUUCAUUAAUAUUAUAAUGUAUUUUCAUCUAUGCAUUUUGAUCUGUAAAAUAAAAGCUCAGCUGUCCAGAUA